AACAUAAAUCUCAUUAAGCGCAGUACUAUGUGUAAUGGUUUGACCUACUUUCUUAGAGAUCACUAUUUUUCUCGACCAUACGCUGCCCUGUACUGAUUGUGUUGAUUUGGUUAAAACUGAAUUAUAUAAAUCAGGGUUGUUUAAAAUGAUAUCUUGGGGCACUUGUUAAAUCAAAGUUGUAUUUUCACCGUACUUUGAUAUAAAUCAAAGGUACAUUUCUGCAUGUACGUUAUAAGGAGGGGUUUCAAGAAGCACUCGUAAAAUGGGUUUCUUUAUCGGCCAGAUAGCUGGUUAAACCGUAGUUAUCUUUUCCUGUCAACACUGAGAGCUCUUUGCAAAAAUCACUGCGAUUGGUGUAAAAUGCCCGCCGUAUUUCAAUUUUGAAUUAUACCACCCAGUCCACAUUCAGUUAACAUACAUUUCGACGAGCCUCGUUUUGGGAUCCAGCACCCGAGGCAAGGUUGGAAGGAAGAGCGACGGAGUUUUAUUAUCUGCCUUCACAACAUUUGCCAGAAUGCCACCAACGUUGAGGUUGAAACAAGCUCUAGAUUACUCUAGACUGAACACUGGACCAUCAUUUAGGCUGCCGAACCCAAGUACACCGAAGGAGAAAGGCUGGAGAAGUUCACAGCUUUUUGACGUGAAGAUUAUUGAGUCUAAAACAGAUGCAGAUGGAACUGAUCUGGUCAAAGUUCACUAUGUAGGGUUUUCCAGUAAGUUUGACCAGUGGGUGAAGGCAUCUGCCACUGUAACUAGGUCAUCUCUUAUGAGCAAUGACCCAAAGGAUGUUUUUCUGUUCAAUGUCUUGUCCUCCGUGAGGGACAAUCUCACUGUUUCCAGAGGGAUAGAUUCUCGUGUUGUAAUACGGAUACCAAUAACCUCACCAGAUGUGACCACCUCACUCACUGAUAUUGCUCAAAAAGUGUCAUCAGUGUCCAGUUAUGUGAGACAUGAGUUCAGGUUCAACGAUGUCCAUGGCCCAGACAUUUUGUUUGGAAACGAUUGGUGGUACAGAAUUGUGAACAAAGCCAAUGAUUUUGCUUAUGUCAAUAGGGAAACAGUUUUGUUUGGCUACUAUGAGCGAAAGAUGCGUGAGGAGUACACCUUGAACAAUGACCUUAAGCUGGUUCAUAGAGGAUUCAUGUUUUUCCUGAGAUUUGUGAAGGAAAAGGGAAACAGAAGUGAGCUGUGUCUCUUAAGGUGCAUACUUAACAACUAAACAUUUUUAUGUCAGUUUUCCUGCCCUUCACUCACCAUUUCACAGUGACUUCUUGAAACUUGCAACUGACCAUAUGUAAUGUAACAAAAUGUAUGUUCCAGCUGUCAAGGAGACAGAUUUGGGGAACAAAAUUCUAUAAGUUGGUAAAAUAAGUUUGAAUUCUUGUAUUUCUAUAAUUGGCUCAUCUUGCCAUUGAAAGAUGAUUGUUUCAGUUAACAGUUGCUUUAAAUAGUCUUGGAAUGUAUCUGUAUUACCUAGCUUAGGUAUGAAUUGGCCAAGCAUUUUGUUUUUGUUCUAUUGUAUUGCAUACUGCUCAAUCAUGCCACUUAGCAAUGUGACUAGGAGAUCAGGAAUGACUUUGUCGUCAAAAGCAACUAACAUAAGUGUAUCAAAACUCUCACUUUUUCGGGAAUAUAAGAGAUUAACGCCCAAGAAAAACACAUUUUCCACAGAUAUAUGCAACAAAAUAAUAACUGUUCUGUGCAGACAAAAUCAAAUUGACUGCAGCAUUGUUGAAUAUGGCAAAAUGUCAUCUACAUUGGCUUCAUAUUUGAAACACCUUGUUUCAAGGCAUGAUAGAACCAGAAGUAAGGGUGGGAAGCAGUACAAGUCUCUGUUAGGUACAUGGGAGAAGGAACAAUAUUCCUUCACAGUAUUUGUGUCUGAACACAACAUAAAAACAUCAAAAUCAAAAUUGUUGAAAAGGGUGUCAUAUUUACACAAGUACAAAUCUUCUGUAAGGAAGGCCAAAUCCUUACUUUUACAAAAUAUCAAUCUAAGAAAAAAGGUUCAAUUCCUAUCCACAAAACUGUUAAAUAUGCAAAAAGGAAAUUUGCCUUCAGAUAUGUCCAAUAGACGCUCAUUGAAAUUGCAUUUUCCUUGUGGGGAGGUGUCCAGGUCCCAACAGUAUAAAAGGAAGCAUAUGAUUGUAAGAGACUGUAAACAGUCUUUAGCAUUUUUGGACAGAUAUAAGCUAGAACCUACUUCAGUUCAAGCUGUUGACAGUGAAGGGAGGCAAAUCCAGAUAUCAAUGAAGGAGAACAUGGUCAAAGAAACAUUUACUCCUGAUGUGGAAUUGAAUAAAGUUGUUUACGUGAAAGAUUCAGAAGGUGUUUCAAACAAGGCAUACCAUGAACUAUCUAUGAUAGUACCCUCCCUUCCUAGAUCACACAAGGUUCUUAAUAAAAUCAAGGAAUGCAAUGAAAAUAUUUUAAUUCAUGACACACCAUAUCCAAGCUUUGGGGUUCAGCAGUCUUUGAAAGAAAGACUCAUUAACUGUGUUUCACACAUUCUAGAAAUGAAGCAUGACACCACCAACAUUUUACAAACAAAACUUAUUCGUGUGAAACUUACAGGUGAUGGAACACAGUUUGGGAGAAGGAGAACUCUUAUCAAUUUUGGGUUCACAAUACUGGAUGAUAUGCUGUGUACUUCAGUAAAGGGGAACCAUUUGUUAGCAGUAUUUUCUGCAAAGGAAACUUAUGAUUGUG